AAUAUUUAAGCCGCACCUACUUUUUCAGAUGUACGAAGGACUUUGCUGCGAGAGCAGCCGCAGUGAGAAGUAUCCAAACACCAGAGUCCUGAGUCGUCCGUCUGUGUGCGAGCUGCGAUACAUCCUUCUAAGUGCGAAUCGUCCGUUUGUGAGCCAAUAGUACGACUAGCUCUAAGAUGUAAUUUGCGGUACUAGAUUUUCUAUUAAUAAUUGUUGGCCCAAGCAAUGAAUUUGUGUUUAUCAUGAAACCAUCACUCAAUCUACUCCAACGAAUGUGCGAAUCGUCUGCAAUCCUCUCAGGCUUCCAACCAUUAUUUACCCACCCAUCCUUCACUAAACUUCUUGACGCUUCUCUGCCAUCUCGCGGGUUUGGUCUAUCCGCCCUUCUCUUUACGCAGUUUGGUCAUCUCAUUGAUGUGGAGACUUGCAACUGCAUUAUCAGAAGAUAUACAGAUUCAGGGAAGCACUUGUAUUCGGUUUUUGUUUACACCCAAAUGCACAGACUCGACAUUCGGCCUGAUAACUCGACUUUCCCAAGCGUCCUUAAGUCAGUAGCUCAGUUGUGCUACGUGGGGUUCGGCGAAUCAGUGCAUUGUAGUGUAAUGAAAAUGGGGUUUCGUUCUGAUAUUUAUGUAAACACCUCUCUGGUUUAUAUGCACUGUGGCUUCGGACAAUGCACGGAAGCUCGCAGGAUAUUCGAUGAAAUGCCUCAAAGAAAUACGGUUUCAUGGAAUUCCUUAAUCUCUGGUUAUGCACAUAUGGGGAAGUUCAGGGAGGCAAUUGAUGUGUUUCGAGAAUUGCUGGGGAGUGGUGUUCGCCCCGGCGAGGUGACUAUGUCCAGUGUUUUGUCUGCUUGUGCUCAUUUGGGAGCUUUGGAUCAAGGGGUGUUCGUUCAUGAUUACAUAAAAAACAAUGGUUUGAUGUUGAAUGUUUAUGUUGGCACUUCACUUAUUGACAUGUACGCUAAAUGUGGUGAUAUUGAUGCGGCUGAGAAGGUUUUUCUGUCCAUGCUGUACAAAAAUGUGCAUACAUGGAAUGUUAUGAUAUCAGGAUAUGCCAUGAAUGGAAGAGGGGAGGUUGGACUGCAAUCUUUCAAUAGGAUGGUAAUGGAAAAUUUCAAGCCUGAUGGAUUGACUUUCUUGGGAGUUUUGUGUGCUUGUUGUCGCCAAGGAUUUGUUGAGGAAGGUAGGACACUUUUUGCAAGAAUGAGGAAUGAGUUUGGGUUGGAACCAACUAUUGAACAUUAUGGGUGUAUGGUUGAUCUACUUGGUCGUGGUGGCUUUUUGGAUGAAGCCGUGGAGAUGAUUCAUUUUAUGAGUCUGCAGCCAGACCCUGCUAUAUGGAGGGCUUUGCUCUUCGCUUGCAGAUUUCAUGGACAUGCAGAAAUAGGCGAGUUUGCAAUCCAAAAGCUUCUUGCGCUAGAACCAUGGAAUGCAGAAAAUUAUGUGUUGCUGUCAAAUGCUUAUGUUCAUGAAAAGAAGUGGACCGAAGUUGGAGAAGUAAGGAAAUUAAUGGCUAGCAAAGGAAUCAGAAAGGUCCCUGGUUGGAGCUCAAUUGAAAUUGCGAAUGCAAUGUAUGUAUUUCAGGCAUCUGAUUCAAUUAGUCCAGGAUACCAGAAUGUUCGCAAUAUGUUGGCAGACAUGAAAGAAAAGUUGAAAUUAGUUGGCUAUGAGGCAGAUACGGGAAUGGUUUUAUAUGAUGUUGAGGAAGAGGAAAAGGAACAUAAUCUGAUACACCAUAGUGAGAAACUCGCAUUAGCAUUUGGGCUUUUGAAUUCAUCGAGUAAUACAUUAAGGAUAAUGAAAAAUUUAAGGAUUUGCCAUGACUGCCAUCACUUUUUUAAGCUUGUCUCUGCAGUUUAUAGAAGGAAUAUUAUUGUCAGAGAUAUAUAUCUCUUUCACCAUUUUAGUGGAGGUAUUUGUUCUUGCAAAGAUUAUUGGUAGCACCUAAUUAAUAUGGUCCCUUUGUAGUCUACCUGGGAGAAGUUAGCUGUUGUAACAGUGUCUUGGUCUGCAAAGCUCUAGCAAAGGUCUUAUAUCUUUGUUAACAGAACUAGCACAUUAGUUACGUUUUUCCCUUACUGUUAUGAAGUGGCACUUUGCAUGGUUGAGUAGUUUUUGAAUUUGGAAAUUGCAAGGAAUCUCCAACAGGGAACCAUACCUGGACUUGAGGUUGUUACAAUUGGUUGCGAAGUGACAAGUUUGGCUCUGCUGAGAAUUCCAAAAGAGAUCAUUAACCGGUUGUGCUGAGGUGGAUAUGAACUCAGUCUUUUCCAUCUCAAUUUUCAAGGACUGUUCAUAUUAUUGUUGACAAAACGUUUCCUAUGGCUGAUGUGCUCGUUCAAGGAUCAAGUAUAUAAUUAAUGGUAUGCAACUUUGAGCUGGGAACUACUCAACCACUCAAAAAAUUUCCUGACAUUCAUGACUACUUUAGCUCUUUUGUUGGAUAUGAGUCUAAAAGAACAUUAUUCUUCCGGUGGAUCAACACAUCGUCUGACAACACCAGGUGUUUAUAAUGCGCUGAGCAACUGUUUCCACAUAAAGUGAAGAUAGAUUUCCAUUAUAUGCAUUUCACCUUUCACAUAUGCUUACAAGUUUGGCAUACUUUGAUCUCGUUUUCUGUAUUUAAUUAGUGAAACUGGUGAAACAUAAAAGGUAUACAAUGGUGGUGAGAAUUUUGAUUUCUAAAAAAAUGGCACUAUUAGGAGUAUAUUUUUAAGGAAAAAGAACAAGUGCACACAAUUACAAUCAAAAGGAAUGUAAAUGAAAUAAUUAAGAUGAUAUCGUUGUAUAUAACAGGAAAAAAAAAUUAUGAUUAUUGAUCAUCACAAAUCGAUCGUUAUGACUUUUUGCGCCCACUAUGGUCCUUACUCCUUACUCCUUAGUGCAUGUCACUUAUGCUUGGUAACCAUAUGCGGGAAGCAGUUACGCAUAAAGCAUUUUCACCAGAAACGUUUAAGUUGAAAAGUGGCAUCAUCCAUAAGCAGUCAUUGUCUUAUUUAUUGAUAAAGGGCAUUACCUGUACCAAAGUUUUUUACGUAGUAUUAUAUUUGGUGGUUGGAACUAGUUUUACUCUAAUAUAUACUCUCAUUUGUGCGAAGUUGAUGAGGGCGACCAGUUUUUUAAGCUUAUUGAUGGAUUAUGGAAACUCCACAUUAGUUGCUUAAUGCUUAUUUAUUAUAGCCUGAAAUCAAAUUUUCUUUUUCUCAUGUGAAACAUCUGAGCAGAUCUUGUCUUCACUUUUUGGUUUGUACACUUGGGAAGAUGCCUUCAUGCAAAACAAACUUAAGUCUUGAUAAAUAGAAGGUAGAUCACAUAGAUUGUUUUAUCUUGAUGAUGUGUCUUUUGUUACAUGCUGAGAAACACACUUAAGUCUAGUGGUAGCUAUCAACCAAUUAAAUAAUUUAGUCCUGCAUAAACUGAAUGGAGAAGUGUUGCAUAUUCUGUUCAAUGUAUUCACCCAGUGAAAGCCUGAGAGUCAACCUGAGUGAAGUGAGGACUCUGAUAAGCUACUUGAAGCAUGGCAUGGUCAUCAUAUACAUCCCUAUACGUCUCCAGGUUGAUUUCUGAGUUUAUCAGAGCUGAUAUGCAGAGCUCCUUUUUCCAUUCUUCUAGAUGUGGGAAUCCAACAUAAUCUGCAUAUUUAUCGCAGUACUGCAAGAGACAUAAUUAGGAGCUGCAGGUACUAUCAUGAUUUGUAUAAUGAUUUUACAAUGGCAAUUGUGUCCGUGAAGACAUUACAUCAACACUAUAUUAACUCAUCACCGUGACACCGUCUCAUGGUAUUUUUCAUGCUGGUGGAAAUAGCCUAUUAUAAUGUUUUUAUUUUAAUAUUUCAUUUCAUUGUUACUUGGUGAGAAGGCGAGCCCCUUAGCGCACCGGUUACAAUGGAAGGCUUGCCCAUACACCCUUGUGGUAGGAAGUCCAUUUGGCGUAAAACAUUGCCACUGCGUGUAUAGUGUCAUCUUAUCUUAAUAAACUAAUUGACAGCAAAAAAAACUAAUUGACAGUGUAGGUUUAAUACCACUGACCCCUGAUAGUAAUGAUGGUGAAUUAGAUUCCUGUUUAUCGAGAACUGAUAAAGAAAGUAGUAGUGUAAAUUUGUAAUAGUGAAAGAAUAGGAUACUAUGAGGGCAGAGGGGCAGUUGCUCCCCUCAACCCCAACUCAGCCCCUAUAUAUACGGAGUAUAUAUUUAAAAUUUUAUAGGAAAUUGCUCAAAAUAGGAGUUAAAGAAAGGAAAAAUUCUAAAUUAGGAUUAACAGUGUUUUCUUUCCUAAAUACGGAGUAUAGGAUAGGAUUUAUGUAAGCCUAUUAAUUAAAAGUAUAAAAGGAUAAAAACAUCACCAAAUUUUGUUAUGUUUAACUUUUAUUGAGAUAAUUCCUCAAAUCUUAUCCACAAUUGCCUCUUUGCACACACUUGAUAUAAAUUGAUUUCCUUUUUAUACAUACUUGUACAUAUACUCCCUCCGUUUCUAAAAGAAACUCACACUUUCCUUUUUGAGAUGUUUCAAAAACAAAGUCACACUUCCCUUAUUUCCUUAUUUGGCAAAGAAAUCUACAUCCAAACAGUGCCAAACAGUGUCCAAACAGUGCCAAACAGUGUCUAAACAGUGUUUUCUACAGUAAAAGUCAAUUUAUUUCCUUAAUAAUUGUGAAGUCAAACCGUGACUUUCUUUAGGAAACGGAGGGAGUAUAUCUUAAACUAAGUCUAAUCAAACACUAUUAAUAAUGUGAUUUGUUAUUUGUGAAAUGUUUGACUAAGUUCUAGUGUAAGUUCGCCUUCACUACGAAAAAUUUCUAGAUACACCAGGACAGUGAAAAGAAGCAAAUAUCCAAUGACCAUAUGAGAAAGGUAAUUAUUUACGUCAAAGUCUGCAAGGUCAUGGGUAUUAUGCUUAGGAAUGCCAGCAAGAUCUCUAGACUUGUAAAAUUCCUUUAUGGACUGCAUCAUUUCCUCCCGUGAUGGCAGUGUCCUUUUUCCAGAUAAAAGCUGCGCUAUCCAUAUUGCUUGAGACUCAAAGAAAGGGAACCCUAUGAGCUAUUUAACAAUGUCACAGAAAAAAACAAUGAGUUUCCUUGAAUUUGUAUAAUUGUGUAUGGAAGUGGUUGUCAAUCGCUUAUAAAUAUCAAGUGAUUAUUCUUGUGCCUCUGGCAAAACUUUGCAGGGAAGUUAGGGGGAUAUACCCUACCUUUCUUGGGAUACCAAUGAAGGACAGAGAAGGAGAUAGUGAUGGAGGAAAUGUGUGCUCAUAUAGGGGCCCCACCCUGUCAUUGUCCACUACAACCAUACCUUUGGUGUCAAGAAAUGGGAAGGAGUAGGAGUACCUGUUAGAAGCAUAAAAAACCCACAUGGAUAACUCAUUAUUCCCUGCUCCCAAAAAGAUGAAGAGACAAAAGAAACAGAUAGAUUCAGAAACCUUUGAUCUGAGGCAGCCUGGGCUGGGAAUAAUGACCAGAAGCCACCACCACAGCAUCAAAGACUUCUUCCACAACCUUCUCAUCACCACCCUUCUUCUCUUUGCUCUUCACAGUCCAUCUCAUGUCGCUCCCGAUCCCGUUAUUAUCAUUCAUCAUCCCAACAUACUCGACCCUUGUGUUGAACCUUAUCAUCUCUCUCACCUUGAAAAACUCACAAAAAUCGCCUAAAUAAGCAAGGAGCUCCUCAUGGCCUGGAAAUCUCCUUUGAUCUCUCCCCUUCUUGGUCAAGAAAGGGAAGUCAGAAAACCCCAUAAUUUCUCUUGGAGAUAUGAGCCUUAGCGAUGCAUAAAUGCUACUAUGGACCUUCAAGAGUCUAGCCCUUCCUAAGGGAUCUUCCCCUUCAACUUGGGCAUUGUACAGCCAUUGCCCUCCAAUAUCAUGGCAUUGUUCAAAAAUCAACACAUGGUGCCCUUCCUUUCUUAGCUCUCUCGCUGCAACCAGCCCUGAGGGUCCGGCACCAAUAACACAUACACUCUUGGACACCUUCCUCUCGGAAACCAUGGUUAAUUAGUAAGCUAUAGCUAGUUUAAGUGUCUCAAAUUGAUGAGAAAGUGGUGAUAUGUUAUCUUGUUUGUUUAAUGAAAAGAUUUGUGGGAGGGGUUGUGGGAUUUUAUAGUUGAAGAUGUUGGUACAUGUGUGCGCGUGCCAUACGCACCCGGUACCUGAAACCCAACUCGGUCAGACACCCCGGCUGCGCCGGCAUGAAUGUGAAGUGUAAUUUCACGCUUUACCGCAUGCGGAUCUUUCCUCCUCACAAAACAUGGAUACUCCUUGGCCCCGCACCCCAAUAGCAAUAGUUGGC